AUGAGCUCGACUGUCACCUCUCUUGCCCAGUCCGGGACGACUGUCAAAGGCGAAAAGGUGAAGCAGUCGAGAGGCGCUCUGCUGAUCGCCAACUUGCCGGCACUGCAGAAUCUGAUCAAGCGAGAUCCUGUCGGUUACAAGGAAGAAUUUCUGAUCCAAUGGAAUCAAUUCAACUCGCUGUACCAGAUCCUCGUUUCCGGCUCUGCGACCGCUAGUACGUCUGGUGCCAGCACAUCUGGUGAUGUCGUCGCAGGCGGGAGCAGCUCUCGGCGAGGCAGAGAGAUCGAGACCAAAUUUAGAGAACUUGUCAAUUUUGUGUCUCAAUGUGCGCCCUCAUAUCAAUCCAUGACGCUGCCCCACCUAUCUCAGGCGAUCUCAGAGUUGCUACUCGAUCCUUCCUCGACUCUGUCUCACGAUACGGUUCACGCGUUGAUUGGUGCCCUCGUUUUGUUGCGCAACAGGGAUUGUCUCAAUGGCAUCGACUUUCUCAAGAUUCUCUUUCCGCUCCUAAGUCUCAACGCCAGUGGUUCGAGCGCAGGCUCCUCUUCGGCUGGUUUGAGCAAGUCCGAACGCGGGGGCGUCCUAAAGAUCAUCUUGCGCGACGUCAGGAACGCCAACAAAACUGGCAAGAACCACCGAUUGAAUCGCCUCGUGCAGGGGCUCCUGUUCGAGAUGGUCCAGCGAGGUCUACCGUCCAAAGAGGGCGUGCAGGGACACCCGCCCUCACGGAGAGGCGAGAAGCGUUCUGCCGAGAUGACGGGCAGAGAAGCACUCUGGGCCGUCAGGCUAGCGUCUGAGCUCUGGCGAAGGCAGGUUUGGACGGACGCGAAGACCGUUUCCAUCAUCGAAGCUGCGGUGUUUCAUCACAAUGUGAAGGUUCAAUCGGCUGCCUUGCACUUCUUCCUGUCAAGCGGCAGUCCCGACGAAGCCACAUCGAGAGGCUGGGACAGCGACGAUGACAGCGACGAGGGCCCAGAUAUCAGACAGGUCAAACAUCGGCUGACCAUCAACAAGAAGACAAAGUCAAACGAGCGCCAGGCCAAAGAAGCUAUCAAGUUGGCGAAUAAGAAGCGCAAGAGGAAAGACGCUGCAGCUUCAGCGACAGCCAAUUUCUCAGCCAUACAUCUCAUGAACGACCCGCAGGGGUUCGUCGACAAGCUAUACGAUGUCCAGUUGCUCAAAUCUGACAAAGUCUAUCCUCUCGAGCACAAAAUCGUCAUCAUGCAGCUCCUGGCUCGUGUCACAUCCUCGCACAAGCUCCAUGUUUUGGGCUUCUACUCCUACCUGAUCAAAUAUCUGACGCAUCAUCAGCUCAAUAUCACCCAGAUACUCGUCGCUCUGGCGCAAUCUGUGCAUGAUCUGACGCCGCCAGAUGUACUCGAACCAGUCGUCCGUAAGCUCGCGGCCGAAUUCGUUCAUCCCGGCGUCGCAGCAGAAGUUAUCGCUGCCGGUCUCAACGCCAUCACGGAGAUCUGUCGUCGUCAACCUUGGUGCAUGGAGAAAGACCUUCUUGAAGACUUGGUGGAAUAUCGCAAGAGUCGAGACAAAGGCGUCAUGGUGGCCUCGCGCUCUUUGCUCUCUCUCUAUCGCGAAGUCAAUCCAGGAUUGCUCCGCAAACGCGAAAGAGGCAAGACAGCGACGAUGACGAUGGACACCAAGACGGUGCUUCAAUAUGGCCACGACAGAACGUCCACUACCGCUAUCGAAGGCCUCGAGCUGCUCGAGCACCAUCUGCAAGACAAACUGGCCGAGGGCGGCGCUGACAAUGAGGGAGAGAAUUCUGAGACUGGGUGGCAAGAUUGGGAAGCAGAGUCGGCCAGCGAUGUGUCUUCCGGCGGCUGGGUAGCUGUGAGCGAUGGCGAAGAUGACAUUGAGCUAAGCGAGAGCGACACCGAUGUCCAUGUCAAGAGGCGCAAGGAGACGCCAAAACGUACAGAAGCGUCAGAUGUGACCCUUGUGCAGCUCUCACAGCCUGCUGCAGUCGGCGAGCUGGGGAAUCUCGCUACUACCAAGAUCCUCACGCCAGCGGACUUUGCAAAGCUGGCGGAACUGCGCUUGGCAGCCGCCGAGCAAGCUUCCAAAGCGAAUGGCCCGGCUACGCGCAAGCAGCUUGCUCAGCUUCAGGAAGACAAAAAGGCGAAGCAAGACGCCGAAUUCUUGUCAGAGGGCGAUAUCAUUGGUGUGCAGAAGAAGGCCAAAGCUAAUUAUGAGGAGCGGUUGGCCAUGAUCAAGGAAGGACGCGAAGGCCGAGCCAAAUUUGGUAGCUCGAAGGGCAAGAAGAACAGCACGCCAUCGAGCUCGACGAACGAAGAGAAGCGCAAGAAGAAAAACUAUGUCAUGAUGGUCAACUCGCGCGAUAUCAAAGGCAAAAAGUUCUCGUCGUUAGCGGACAAACAGAAAAAGCUGCGCGGCCAUAUCACCCGCCAGAAGAAGGGGGGUCGACGCGUAGGUCCUCGUCUAAGCUCGCAGGUGCAUUGGCCUGAUUCGGCGACCAGGGAAACAAAUGAGCCAUGGAGUCUGUCUCACUUGAGAGCGGGCCCAUCCGCUGCGUCAUCCGAUCAAAGCCGAAGGCCGUACGGCGGAGCGAGAGCUUGCAGCCGAGCACAUAGCUGUCUGGACUUUGCAUUCCGCGCGGUAUCGUCGUGA